AUGGCUUCCAGGGCUGGUGGAUCCAUAGGCCGAGGUGCAGGCAGGGCUCAGGGCAGCGCACCGGGAUCUCCACCACGACCUAUGCAGGGGCGAGUAGGGGAUGGACCGGGAGGAGCCGGCGCGAUCUUCGUUGGAGGACUGCUUACCGUACCGGCGCCGACCUCUCGUCGCUCUUUCCGUUACGACGGCCCUCGACCCCCUCCUUCGGGGCAGACGCCGACGCAGCCGGAGAGCGGCAGUGAGGAGGAGGAUGAGGAGGAGGAUGGUGAGGGCGAGAAGGAGGAGGACACUGAGGGGAGCGAGGAUGACAGCGAGGCGGCGUGGGACCCAGAGACGCAUGGCGGUGGGGAGGGGGGAGAUGAUGAUGAAGACCACGAGAUGGAAGGUUUGGAGCCAGAGGGGUGGGAGGAAGAGGUGGGAGAGGGUGGUGGAAGGGCGGCGACAGAGGCGGGAUCACAGCAUGUGCGUGAAGGGGGAGGGAGCGUGGGGGUUAAGGUGGGGGGGAGAAAGGCCGUGACCAUUAGGGAGCCGAGGCAGAGGAAGAAGGCCAACAAGUUGAGGGAGCGGGCAUAUCCCUGCACGUUCACUGGGGAGCCCUUGGGCGAGGGUGUGAUCACUCCCGAAUUCCUAGACGAGGACGGAGGGUCCGAGAGUAGUAAGGGGAAUGGCAAGGGUAAUAGGAAGCCGGGGUGGCAAGUAAUGAUGUUCGGACCGUUAGGGGCAGACGAUAAGCGUCAGUGCAAGAUUUGCACAUACAGGAUUUCGUGGAAGCAAUCCACAACAACCCCCGGCGAGCGGCACUUUGCGAGCUUCCACACUGCGCACAUGCAUGUGUGGCAUCACCGUUACCACACCCCGUCCGUUCACUCACCAGGGAAGACGUGUCCACGUGGGGGCUACAAGGGAGUGCCGGAUGGCUACGUCUAUCAGUGGCCACAUGCCAAGACUUGGCCGCAGCUCGCCAAGGGGAAAGGGAUGGCGACUGGUGGAGGUCAUGGUUCAGGCGGGAUGGAGCGGUGGAUGACAACCAAACUGACCUCGGUGCAGCUACGGCAGGCGAUCACGAAGCUGGUGGUCACCUGCGACCUCCGCUUCCGCAUCGUCGAGGCCGAGGGUUUUCGUGAGCUACUCAUCCUGCUAAACCGCAACUGCGCGCAGAAGAACUUCAUCCCCUCGCGCUGGACGGUUUCCCGCGAUACAGUGGUCUAUGCGGCUGCCGCUCUUCAGUCAGCCAUUGCGGAGAUGCUCGCGAAGGAGGGGGAGCUGGGGUGCAAGGUGUCGUUCACCAUCGACAUGUGGACGUCGCCCAACAACAGGGCGUAG